AUGGGCCCCUGUACCGCCUCCUCAUGCUGCUGCCAGGCCCGUAAUCUGCCAUGGGCCCCCGUACCGACUCCUCAUGCUGCUGCCAGGCCCGUAAUCUGUCAUGGGCCCCUGUACCGCCUCCUCAUGCUGCUGCCAGGUCCAGAGUGUGUCAUGGGUCCCUGUACGGCCUCCCAUUGCUGCUGUCUCCAUCGCCACACUCUGCCAUGUGCCACUUUCAGGUCUCCUCACACUGCUGGUGGGUUCCAUUUUGUCAUAGGGUGCUGUAUGGCCUCCCAUUGCUGCUGCCUCCACCGCCACACUGUGGCUCCACACUCUGGUUUUGGCCCUGUGACUGCCCAAAUGAGUGAAGUGUGCGGUGAUUCUAAGAUCGACGGCACUCAUCUGCAUGUCAUACUGACUGACAGUAUUAUUUCUCUUCCCCAGCAGACUCCAAGGGCAUUUAAAUUAAAGGUACAGUGUUCUGCACUAAUAUAA